CCAAAUCUCUCUGACAGUCGAGAUGAUCUUUGAGUCCCAAAGAGAGAGAGGAAAUCCCAAGCAAAAAAUGGACAAAAACCCAAGUGAUCUCCAGGCUCCAUUAAUCGUCCUCUCCUCCACAGAACAGAGCUCGAGACAGAGUAGGUUCAGCAGGGAUGAGAUUCUGGAAGAAGUGAAGAAGCAGCUAUGGCUUGCAGGCCCACUCAUCUCCGUCAACUUCUUCACCUACCUUCUGCAGGUCAUCUCCGUCAUGUUCGUCGGCCACCUCGGCGAGCUGCCCCUCGCCGGCGCCUCCAUGGCCACCUCCUUCGCCUCUGUCACCGCCAUAUCUCUUCUAGAAGGAAUGGCGAGUGCACUGGAGACGCUAUGCGGGCAAUCGUACGGAGCGAAGCAGCACCACCUGCUCGGGGUCCACCUGCAGCGCGCCAUGAUCGUCCUCCUCCUCGCUGCGAUUCCCCUGUCUUUCGUCUCGGGCUACGCCGAACCGAUCCUCCUCUGCUUCGGCCAGGAUCCGGAGAUCGCGGCCGAGGCAGGGGAGUACGCGCGGUUCGUGAUCCCGAGCGUAUUCGGGCUCGCGAUCCUCGAGCCGCACGUCAGGUUCCUGCAGUCGCAGAACAAUGUGGUCCCGCUGACGGUGACGGCCGGAGCCGCCACUCUGGUCCACGUCUUUGUGUGUUGGGCUCUGGUUUUCAGGUCCGGGCUGGGAAGCAGGGGUGCGGCUCUGGCGAAUGGGGUUUCUUACUGGAUCAAUGCUUUGACGUUGUUUGUCUAUGUGAGGGUUUCUCCUACUUGCAAGGAGACUUGGACUGGUUGGUCUAGAGAGGCGUUUCAGGGGAUUCCGGAGUUCGUUAGGCUAGCCAUUCCUUCUGCCAUUAUGCUGAGCUUGCAGACUUGGUCGUUUGAGAUGAUGGUUCUGUUGGGUGGCUUGCUUCCGAACCCAAAGCUCGAAACUUCUGUUCUGUCCAUAAGCCUGAAUACAAGUGCAAUGAUCUUCACGAUAUCAUUAGGGCUUAGUGCUUCCGUGAGCUUUAUUUUGGGUUAUUUCUGCAGCACAAGGGUUUCAAAUGAGUUGGGAGCUGGGAGGCCAAGAACAGCGAUUCUAGCGGUAAAUGUCGCGCUGGCCAUGGCGAUGACGGAAUGGAUUCUGGUCGGGAUCGUCCUGGUGUCUGGCCGGAACGUCUGGGGUUACUUGUACAGCAAGGAAGAGAGAGUAGUGAAGUACGUUGCGAAAAUGUUGUUGCUGAUUGCAGCUUGUCACUUGUUCGAUGCCAUCCAAGCCGUGCUCUCAGGCAUUUGCAGGGGAUGUGGAAAGCAGAAGCUUGGAGCUGUUAUCAACUUAGGUGCAUACUAUAUGAUUGGAAUUCCUUGCUCCAUUCUACUAGCUUUUGUCUACCGUAUUGGAGGAAAGGGUCUGUGGAUAGGAAUCAUUAUAGCAGCGAUCUUCCAAGCAUUGUUUUUUUCAGUAGUGACUGUAAAAACUAGUUGGGAGAAAGAGGCAAAGAAAGCCAAGGACAGAGUAUAUGGUGCCAUCAUUGAAGAACAAGGUCAUGCAUUGUCGUAGAAGAUCAGUUUGAUCAAAGACUGGUAAUGGCAGCGGCAGCAGAUGCAUCUUGUGAAGGAUAGCGUACUUUUUUUUUAUAAGGGUGAUAUAUGUUUGUGUUUAAUGUUAUGGACUACUUUAGAGUUUUGAAUCUAAAACCUUCAUCCUGAGGAGCUAAACCAAACUCUUGUUACCAAUCUCUAUAAUUAUUAUUUUUAAAACACAACCCUAAUAAUAUUUUAUGAAGAAUUGUUACGACUCUAUUAU